CCGAUUACCAUGCAUCUCACACGCACCCACCUCCUCCCCAUUUUCCUCUUAACUCACCCCUCUCACGCCCAAGACACAGACCUCCUCUCCGCCGCCGCCAGCGACUAUGCCUCCGCAACCUCCCUAAUCGCCUCCCUCUUCUCCUCCGCCACCUCUCCCGUCGACAGUGUCUUUUCUGACGCAACUGCAGCAAGAAGAGCCGAUGGAGUCUUGUUCGCUGCUGUUUUUGCUGCUGUUGCAUAUCUGUAG